AUGGCUGCUGCCUCCCCUCUGAGAAACCUGGAGGAUGAGGUGCUGUGCUCCAUCUGCCUUGACUACUUGAGAGAACCAGUGACCAUUGACUGUGGCCAUGUCUUUUGCUACCACUGCAUCAUUAAGGUCUGUGAAUCUUCUAGGCAGCCAUUAUAUUGUUCUCUCUGCAAGACAGCUUUUAAGAAAGAGAAUAUCCGCCAUGUGUGGCAGAUGGCCAGCUUGGUGGAGAACAUCUGGAGGAUGAAGGUGGAUGAGGAAAGACAACCCAGAGAGGAAAGACUACCUGAGCAAAGAGCAGAGAAGCUGUGUGGGCGACAUCUGGAGAAGCUGCAUUACUACUGCAAGGAUGACCAGCAGAUGCUGUGUGUGAUGUGUCGGGAAUCCCCAGAGCACAGGCACCACACUGCUGUUCUCCUGGAGAAGGCUGCCCAGCCUUAUCGGGGCAAAAUUCUAAACCAUCUGAAGAUUCUGAAGGGAGAUAGGGAUAGAAUUCACAAUUUUCAAUCUACAGGAGAAGAUGAGAUUCAAGCCCUGUUGACAAAAUUGCAGGACCACAGGCAUGACAUUGUAUCAGUGUUUGAGCAGGGCCAUCAGUUCUUGAGAGAAAGGGAGCAGUACCUGUUGGACUUGCUGGUGGGUCUGGAGCACGAGCUCACAGAAGGAAGGAGCAGCCAUAUCACUAAAGGCUCUGAGGAGAAGAUCCGCCUUGGGACCCUGAUUUCUGAGUUAGAGAAGAAGGUUCAGCAGCCAGCACUUGAACUUUUGCAGGACCCAAGUGAUAUAAUAAGCAGGUACCCCCGGAAGAAGUUCUGGAUGGAAAAGCCUGUCAGUCCUGCAAUCAAAAAGCGGGCAGAAGAAUUUUCAGAUAAAUUUCUUUCCUUAGAGAAAGGACUGAAAGGAUUCCAUGGAAAAUUAAUGAGGGAUCUGGAAUAUAAAACAAUGAGGAUCAUCCUGAAUUCUCAGACAGCCAAUGGCUACCUCUCAGUGUCUCCAAACGGGAAGAGCAUGAUAUUCACUGGCUUGUGGAUGAACAAAUACCAACGCGGUCAGCGAUUUGAUCCUGAGCCUGCUGUGCUGGGCAGUAAGGGUUUCACCUGGGGGAAAGUGUACUGGGAAGUGAAAGUGGAUAGGAUCUGGUGGGGAGCAGAGGAGAAAGAAACAGUGAAAUAUAGAGGUGGGACCAGAGGUGUGUUUGGCAGCAGCUAUCUUGAUGGGUUUCUUGGCAUCACUGAUAGGUAUAGAUCUCCUGUAUGUAGAAAUGAGAGUGAAGAGCUGGAGGAAGAAUGGUCUCAGGAAAAUGGAAUAUGGCCCAAAUUCUGCUUGGUGGGGGUGGCAAGAGAGUCAGUGGUGAGAAGAGGCUCUCUCACUUUCACACCUGAGGAGGGAUUCUGGACUCUGCAGCUGUCUUCAGCUGGGGUCUGUGUCUGCGCCAAUGCUGAGCCCUUCCAGGUCCUGUCUUACUGUCCUAGGCAGAUUGGCAUUGCCCUGGAUUAUGAGGGAGGGAAGGUAACCUUUACCAACACCAGAACUCAGGAUAUUAUCUACGAAUUCUCACCUUCCUUCACUGGGAGAAUUUUUCCUUUCCUGUGGCUUAAUUGCAUGAGAUCCAGACUUACACUGAGACCCUGA